CCAAUAAAGCCCGCGCGGCCCCGAGCCCACCUUAUCGCCAGUCACCACCAACCCCCAAAAGUUCUUCCGCUCCCGACGACCGCCAUGGCCGCGCAGAGCCUCCUCUUUGCCGCCGCCGCGCCUCUCUUCCAGGUUCCUGCCUCUGCCCGCCCUUUCCAGUCGCUCCGAAUUGUCUCCACUCCAGGAGGCGCCACCGCCGCCGCCAGGGCGCUCGUCGUCGCCGACGCCACCAAGAAGGCAGUCGCGGUGCUCAAGGGCACCUCCCAGGUCGAGGGCGUCGUCACGCUCACCCAGGAAGACGACGGUCCCACGACGGUGAACGUUCGUAUCACUGGACUUGCUCCUGGACUUCAUGGCUUCCACCUCCAUGAGUUCGGUGACAUGACUAAUGGGUGCAUAUCAACAGGUCCACAUUUUAACCCAAACGGCCUGACACAUGGUGCACCAGAAGAUGAAGUCCGUCAUGCGGGUGACCUGGGAAACAUUGUUGCCAAUGCUGAAGGUGUGGCGGAGACAACCAUUGUCGAUAGCCAGAUUCCUUUGACUGGCCCUAAUGCAGUUGUUGGGAGAGCGUUUGUUGUUCAUGAGCUUGAAGAUGACUUGGGAAAAGGUGGGCAUGAGCUCAGCCUCAGUACUGGAAAUGCUGGUGGAAGACUUGCAUGUGGUGGUAAUCCCGGUGGCACGUCCUGUGGAAAGACGUCAGCAAACUCCUGCAAAAUGUUAGUGACAGCAGGAGGCAAAGAGGAAGGUGUUGUUGGCCUGACCCCGUUGUAGGUCGCUGGUUUCCAUCUCUGGUUUUGCAUCUCUAGUCAUACUUGUAACGACGCCAUUCUCGUUUUACCUGGAUUUCAAAUAUCGGAUGCUUAAUAGUUUCUGUUGAUCGUUUGUAUCAGUGUAAAGUUGAGUUUAUCAAAUAAAUGUUUGCACACUUUCGUCUUGUUGAGCUAUGAAGCGUGAACUUGGGAAUUUUGGUGUGCGUAAGCUAUAAAAUGCUAAGGAAUUAUAUUUGUGGA